CUUGCUGGCACUUUCUGACAACACCUUCCAAACAUCAUUCAAUGCAGAUAACCUUGUUGUUGUGAUUCUCACAUUCUGGUACCAUGGGUCUAGGGGACAACUUCAUGUUGAAGCUUGACGAGACCGUCACGCAUGUUCUAGGACAAUGGGACAUCUACACCACAGGCAUCUUUGCCGUUCUCAUCAGCGUUUGGAUCUACACAGUCGUCUCCUCCCGCGACCCAGAUGCCCACCCUAUGCUACUGGCUCGGCAGGCGCAACCUUCUCCUGUUAGGAAAGAAGGAGAGUCCGCGGUUUUCCGGUCACACUCCGCGCCUCAUGGCAUUCCCCUGAACGCUGGUCUCAACAUCAAGGACCCCGGUGAUUCAAAGUGGGCCAGAGGUCGAGAUGGAGAUCUGAGAGAUGUUUGGCGGAGAGUUGUCGCUGGGGGCCUGGAUCGCGAAGGCAACAAGACUGGGGAGAUUGGAAAACUAUUUACAGUCCUGGGUUCGGAGCAGGUCAUCGAACACAAUCUAGCUGACAUAACUCGACAAAUUAACCUGAUCGGUCAACAUCUGAAGCAAAAUGGUGGCCACAAUAUCGCAAUCAUUCUUCCAAACUCUAUCGAAUUCCUAACCGCUUUGUUUGCAUGCGCCUUUUACGAUUUGACCCCUAUUCUCGCCCCCUAUGAUCAACCAAUCGAGAAGAUCAUACUUUUGCUUAAGGCAUGCAAAGCGGACACCGUGAUAGCUGCCGUGGGGUCCUUCCCCUUUGAUGCCAUAACGAAAAGCUAUCCUGCAUUGAAGCAGCUGGUCUGGGUUGUGGACGAAGGCAGCAAGCAUAUGGAUUGGAAUGAAGUUCCCAAGGGAACUGGGGGAGCUGUCAACGUCUCAACAUGGCAGGAGAUUAUCCAAGAUCAAGAACCGACCGUGGGGACAGAGCUUCCUCCUGUUGAUAGAGCGGGUGAGCUGAGAAAAGUUCUUGCUUUCUGGCCCAGUGGAGAACUCGUCGAGUACACCCAGGCCAACUUGAUUGCUGGAAUUGCCGGACAACUUACAUCAAUUCCGACCACGCAACGUAUCACCCAUGCUGACCUCUUCCUUCCUGUCGAUUCGUUAUCAACAAUCUAUCCUUUAGUCUUGAUGCUUGCGGCCCUUUACUCGAACGCUUCAGUCGCAUUGAAUUCAGUUGCUGGCCAAACCUCCGAUCUUCGCAUAGCCACUCAAGGCAUUGCUCCUACAAUCAUUGUGGCAACGCCAGAAGCGCUUGCGACUACACACAAAGAGUCCCAAGAUAAGAUGUCUUCCACUGUCUAUUCAAUGGUCCACUGGUUUCAAGCCCGUUCACUUGUUCAGGAUGGGGUCAUGCCAGUGGCGUCUGCAUUCUCGCGAAUGUACGAUUCCCUCCGUCCUAUCAUUGGAACCACGCCUGGCAAACUUCGCCUAAUCUACGUUGCAAAGCAGGCUGGUGUGGUCAGUACACCUUUGAGUGCGGAAACUCUAUCAGACCUGAGAAUAUACACUGGAGCCAGAAUUAUUUAUGCACUUACUGCUGCAAAGGUUGCUGGAGCAGUCACUCAAACUGGCCUUUACGACUACAGAGUUGACGGAUCGGAGAAGUACUCUCAUUUCGGAGCGCCGGUAACCAGUUGUGAGAUUCUCUUCAAAGAUACUUCCGAGCACAAGACUACGGAUGAGGUCUCGACAGGAGAAAUCUAUGCCAGGGGCCCAGCCGUUGUUGGCGAAGAGGCUUCGUUAGGAGUCACAGGCAAACUCAAGAGUGACCACACUCUUGCGUUAGUGUAAAUUUUCAGGCUUCUGUUUGGAGGUCUCUGGGAUGAAUUUAACGACGCUUUUUUACGUGCAAGUGGUAAUUGCUCAUACAAUAAGUGAAAUACCCGAGAUCUUAUUCAGCCGUAUUGUGGUGCUCAGUGUUCCCGUGGAGAGUGAGUUCUGCAUCCGAAGCUUUUGCAGCACAUCCGCUCAAUAUCCCAAAAAAUCUCUGGGACAUUGAGGUUGUUCUUACAGUUGGGCGUGAAUUUGGAAGCCAAUUCUUUGUUGCAAGUCAGCUCCGUGUUCCAAAAGUUCUCUAGCAAUGACGUUGGAAUGUCGACAAACCGCAGCUGAAUUGAGAAAUGGAAUGAACUUGCGUUCGACAGGACCAGUGUCCCAACUUGAGUAUCUUUCAAACUUCGUUGUUCGGGAAAUAAUCCAUGCCCUCGAUCCUUUUAAUAAGAAUCCUCUGACCAGUGAUAACGAUCCGCCCCGUU